GUCCCAUCGCUCUCCCUGCGCCGUUGGCUGCACGCCUGACUAAGCGCUGCGCGGAUUGCGACUCCACAGUCGUCGAGACCAGCAUUGUUUCUGUAUGUUCAUACUGUGUAUCUCAGUAGGCCUUCUAUGCAUCUCCAAACCUGCACCACCUGUCAGUCCAGCUCAUCGCACGAAGGCGGAAGGCAGGUCACUGCAGUCCGGUGUAAGUCCUGUGUGCCCUGCAGCAAACUUAACUAUACAAUAUAGCUCUCUUAGUGGACUGCACUACUUAAACAGAAUGCGAAUGAAGUGAAAGCGCGACGAAGCUGAAACCACCAUGAGUUGUAAUUUGUUCGCGGUUUGCUUUGGAAGGAGUCCUGGCCGGUCCUCCGUCCAAAACCAGGCCGCUCAUCUGGAAGCCCGCCUGCUGCCUGUUGAUAAGAAUGAUGACCAUUACUUGGAUGGCAGCUGUGUAUCGAAGUCCACGCUCGACCCGGAACGCUUCUACGCGCAGUUGGCUCGCGAGAAAUCCUGCUGCACCAGCCGCGGCCGCAGCGGCGCCGCUCAGCGUUCAGGCGCAGCUGCCCGCGCCUCAGAGGGCGGGGCUACGGCAGCAAGAGGCAGCGUGGACGGCGAAGCCGAGGACGCUGCAGUUGGCGUUGCACAGGGCCCAAGUCGAAACAGCUACUCGAAUGCCCUAGGUGUGGCAGCGCUUCCGCCGCGUGCGGCCUCGGACACUGGCGCAUUUUUCCGCCGGCCAGCGCCGCCCUUUGCAAACACCUUCACCUGCGCCCUCACGACGCCGGCCCAGCAACACGCCGAGAGCGGGCGGUGCAGCCAUAACGAGGCGUCCAGCAGCAAUAAGUCUCGUCGGCUGUCCCUCACGAUGCUGACGGGGGCCGGUGGCUACCGCGGCAACCAGGUGGCGCCGGCGCCGGCCGAGCUGCGGGCCAUGGCCGCAGCAAGUGGCCGUGGCGGUGGCAGCGGUGCCUGCCAACUGCGGGGCAGCGACGGCGGCGGCGGCAACACAGGCGGUGGCAUGCACCUUGCCGCGACGGCGGAGGUUGAAGAGGAGGACUCCGACAGCGGUGAUGGGGGAAUGGUCGUACCCCGCUCCAGCAGCCAGGCCCACCGUGGCACAAGCGAGUGUGCGGAAGCAGGAGUGGCAGACCAGGUGGCGGCUAUAGUUCAGCGAGGCGGCGGCUCAGCGAGCUUCACAUCCACCAGGGCUUCCCGGCCCUCUGCCACCGCCGCCAGGUCCAGGCGCUCGCACAGCGGUGACGACCCGCUGGCUGUAGCACUGGGCAUCAUGCGGAGCGGCAGUAGCGAGACGAGCCACAGUCGCAACAAGGCAGCUGAGGUAACAGCGGCCGUGGCAGAGCGCCGCCGGUCAACGUCGCUCGCACGUCGCAGCCGCAGCGGCGGCUCUGGCGGUGGCCCGCCGCCGCCGGGCACGCCGCCUGUGCUAACCCACAACCCCUCACCGCCGCGGUCACGCUCCUGCAGCAAGCCUCGCGAGCGCCGAGCGUCCUGUGAUGCGAUGCUGCACUCGCAGACGUCCUCCCAGGUUGCAGAGCUGCAUGCACUCUUGGGACAGCAGUCGAUAGACAUUCCCGGCAGGUGCAAGAGCUUCGGAGGUGAUGGCAAGGCAGCGGCCAGCGAGCACAGUCGGCGUGUCUGCGCCGACAGCAAUGCCACGUUGCAAGGCAAGGCGCAGCCCGCAGCCGCUAGCGCCCGCAGCUUCCGGCAGAGCGGCGGGCAAGAGGCUGCGGCGAAGUCGGGUGAGGCGCGCAGUGAAGACGAGGGGGACGAGGCUGCCCGCAGCGAGGAGUUGCUGACUCAGCGGCGCCAGGCAUGGCUGCUGGGCAGUUGCAUGAAGAUCUCACGCAGCCAACGCCGCCGCACGCGUCCUUGCGACUACCUUGACGAAGAGCAGGAGGUCAGGCCGGCGGCGGACAAGCAGCAGCAGGACCAGGGCUGCACUCUACCCCGCCUGACCAGCGGCAGUGACAGCGCCGUGAGCAGCCACACCGCCAUGCACGGCGCCGGUUCCAUCGGUUGUGCCAGCCGGGGCCGCGACGCGGCAGGCGCUGUGAUGUCUGCGUCGCAGUCCUCUGGGGCACCGCCUCAGGCGCUCGUGCUGCCCGCGUCGGAGCCGGGAUGCGUGUUUGGUGACGCAUCAACUCGCGCGGAACAGUUCCACAAACAGCAGCAGAGCAUGCCGCUCAGUGCGGACGGUGGCACUUGCGUGGAUGGUGAUGUGGCCACCACGGCGGCGCCAGCAGUGUCUUCGACAGCUGUGACAGCAGAUCCCCCGGCCGCUGUGACCAAAGCGGCUGGCAUUGCGACAGACACUUUUCCAUGCGACGGCCUAGCCAACAGUCACUCAGUCUCCGACAGUGACGACGAGCGGGAUGCUGAGAUAGCCUCCGCGGCGGCUUCGGCUGUGGGGGAGUGGCGUGCGUCUCGCGCAGCCAGCCUUGCAAGCCUGGCUAGCCGCGAGGUCAGCAGCACUGGCUCCAACCUGCUCGACUCUGCGGAGGACCUGCAGUGCAGGGCCGCUGCCAUCAACGCCACCGCUGCUGCGGCUGACAUGGAUGACGCGGCUGCAGCCGGUGCGCGUGGUGGGGCGUUUAAGUGCCAGGGCCCGGGACGCCAGAGCGCCCACAGGCUGUCGUGGGCUGGUAAUGCGGCCAGCAGCAGUGACAAGCAACUGGAGCUGCAGCCAGAAGCCUCCAGCGCCGCCAGCCGUGCAGGUAUCCAUGACGAGCAGUCGGAGUUGGUUGCGGCUGUGGGCCCAACAGGCGCUGCCGCAGCCGAGCCCGACGCCCCGGCGCAACGGCUCUGCAGCAGCCGCAGCCGGAGGUGCAGCAUUGCUGGCGAGGUGGUGGCGGGUGUGCAGGAGCCCGGCGAGAGCGGGCGCAGGCUAGCGGGGGCAACCUCUGUGCGCUGGCAGCAAAGCCGCUCACUGCGUCCAGCGAGGAGUAUCCUCAAGAAGUCGCCAUCACAUGCGCCACGUGAGGCGCAUGUCAGUGUGCGGGACGACACCGGAAGCGAAGGCGCCGACGCGAUCCCCCUCGCCAAUCUUGAUAACGCCAGUGCAAUGUCAUUGACAGCAGCUGACGGAGGCUGCACGGUGCAGGCGGCGCGGUGCGCGGAGCAGCGGCAGCCGAUGCCGGACCCUGAGAUGCCGCCGCUGCCGCCUGCGGCGGGUGCGGAUCAAGAGCAGCAGGUCCAAGCGCAGCAGGAGCAUACAGCCAGGGAGGAGGAGGACAAUGGCGACGGCGUGAUGCUGCCCGGGCCGUGCGAUGGCACGCAGUUGCAAGGGCACGAGCAGGGAGAGCAGCUGCCGGUUGGGGCGGACUCGGAGCCAUUCGGCCGGCCUCCUUCCCGCCGCAACAGCCGUUCUCCGGGUCCUGGUGACACGCCAUCCACCGUGCUGAAGCAAGGCAGCCGGACAUCCGCCGUGACGUCUCGGUGUGGCAGCAACAGGCAAGCAGCUGAGCAGCCUGCCAGUUACGGCACAGCAGCCGCAGAAGCCGGAGACGCCGCCGCCUCCACGGCGGAAGCGAGCGGCGAUGCAGCUCCAUACGGAGACCCUGCCGGUUGCAGCCCAGCCAACCCAAUCAGCGGCAUGUCAGGGCCAUCGCCAGCUCUUACACGCGGCAGAAACAGCCGCGCCAGUAGCUGCUGCAGCCAGGCGGGCCUGCAGCGCUGCGGCUCCGGCUCCAGCAGCGUCGCCUCGCAUCCCUUCAUGACGGCGGUGACGCAGGCCGCACGGGCCGCCACGGCCAAGACGUCGCUGUGCGAGACAACCAGCCAUGUGGUAAUGUCCUCAGGUGCCAUGUCCGACAGCCGACCGUGGGGUGCGGGGUGCGACUACGAGGACGAUGCACAGGAGGGCCACCAGGACCGAGACCAAGGGCAGUUCAUGGCUUUGAUGGCUGGUGGGGACAAUGGAGAGCGGGUGGCGUCCAGUGAGUUUCAGUGAUAGACACCACGAGCCCACCGGGGGUAAAGG